AUGGGCAGCAAACCUUACUUGUGUGAUGAUGAAAGGUUAAUCAGUGCAUGCAACCUUGUAAAAACGUCGCUGAGGAAUUCUAUUGAUGUCGAAUCACAAAAUCUUUAUCUAUACGUUCACUUCAAUAUGCCAACUCUUGAGGAAUUGGAUCGAAGAAUGUGGGUUGUGAUGUGGCUGCAACAAAGGGAACGCAAGAACGAGGAAACUGACAAAGCACGCUAUCAACAAUGGGUCAAAGGUGUGUUUAAAGAAGCAACUCAGAAGAAAGAACACACAAGAGACGACAUAGUGGAUCAACAUGUAGAACAAAAUAAGAAGGCCAAACUGUUUUGA